ACAUAACUGAAUAAUACUUUUCAUCAUGGAGUUUGUAGGUUCUACUUUAAUGGCAACUUAUGCCCAUCCAAAACCAACACCGACUAACUUCCUACCAGCUAUCAGCACCAUGGCAUCAAGCUAUAAAAACCACUUUCCGCACUACUCCUUAACCCAUAGCCUGAGCCUGCCUUGGAGACCCAGCACAUAUUAUAAAGUAGCAGCCAUCACUCCAACUUUGGCUCCAUUCUCCAAAGGUUCCCAAGGGUUAACCCAAAGCAAGAUGCUUCCUUUUGUUUCCAAUAGAACAGCCCUUUUCACUAGGUAUACCCCAGAUGACUGGUACAAGUCCAACCUGACCAAUUACAAAGAUUCAGAGACUUCCCGGCACAGUGCUGAGAGGCUCAGAGUGGACACCUCCCGGAUGAUCCAAGACAGAGAGCAGCAAACCAGGAAAACCCAAUCAGAAAUUACCAAGAAUCUGGGAGAACGGGUCAACGAUAUAAUAUUUUGGAAAUCAGAACUCAACCAUGAGAUAGAUGAGAUGAUUGGAGAAACCAAUGCUCUUACAGACAUGAAGAAACGAUUGGAAAGAGCUUUGGCUGAAACAGAAGGCCCCCUCCAGGUAGCUGAAGAAUGCUUACUUCACAGAGAGAAGAGGAUGGGGAUUGAUCUAGUCCACGAUGAUGUGGAAAAACAGCUGUUAACGGAAGUUGACGUCAUCAAAUCAUGUCAGGAGAGGAUGAGGCGCCACCUGGAUAAGGCGAUAGCGCAGCUUGCAUCUGACAGGGCAGCCCAGCACGAGCUGGAGAAAGACCUUGCCGAUAAGCAGACAGCUCACCGGAUCGAUGAUAAAUGUCAUCAUUUAAGGAACACUUCUGAUGGCAUCAGUUAUUACAGAGGAGUUGAGCGGGUGGAUGCCACGAUCUCUGUGCCAGAGUCCUGGGCCAAGUUUACAGAUGAUAAUAUUUUACGCUCGCAGAGUGAACGGACUGCCUCCUCCAAACUGAGGGAUGAUAUUGAAAACCUGCUGGUUGUGACUGCAAAUGAGAUGUGGAACCAGUUUAACAAAGUGAAUGUUGCCUUCACCAAUCGCAUUGCAGAGACAGCUGAUGCCAAAAAUAAGAUUCAGGCCCACCUGGCUAAGACUCUACAGGAAAUCUUCCAGACUGAGAUGACCAUAGAAGCCAUUAGAAAAGCCAUUAGGGACAAAGGACCUCCCCUAAAGGUAGCCCACACACGGCUGGAUGAGCGCACACGGAGACCUAAUGUGGAGCUGUGCCGGGACUCUGCCCAAUUACGACUUGUUAAUGAGGUCCAUGAAAUUGAUGACACAAUCCAGAGCCUUCAGCAGAGGUUGCGGGAUGCAGAGGAUACCUUGCAGAUGUUGGUCCACACUAAAUCUAACCUGGAGCAUGACCUGGCUGUCAAAGCUAACUCCCUCUUCAUUGAUCAGGAGAAAUGUAUGGGGAUGCGUAAGACCUUCCCUAAUACUCUCAGGUUGGUGGGUUACACAUAGACAGAUACAAUUCUGGAGAUGUUUCUUCACUGGUUCAUGAAAACUUGCUGUGGGAGAGGUUUUCUCUAUUGCACUAAAAUAUUUUAAAAAUCUGUGGUUAUAUUUUCACUUACUAAUGGACUCUCUAAAAAGUAAU